UUUGCUGGUAUACCAAACAGUCUAUGCAAUAUAGAUUUAAUUUUGUGUUUAACUUUUUAUAUCUGUCUCUGUCUGACAAAUCUGUGAUACUGACUGCUAGUAUAAUAAACGUUAAAGACUAUUUUUUACCAAAUAAUUCUAUGAUAUAUUACUUUUACUUAUGACAUCAAAAGUUAUUUUGGUCAUUUACACAAAUAAAGUUUAAGUUCAAUAAACAUAUUCCGUAUAUUGAAAAUAUGUUGCGUCACAUCUACUAUCUCUUUUCAUCGUGUGCCAUGGACGUUCGGAUGACAUUAUGCCCCACUAGAACGCCCGCUGGCUGGCUGUAAUCAUUUAAAAUUAUAAAGCUAUGUCUGUCUUUGUUGCGUACAUACAUUUCAAGAAGGGACGAAAAUGUGUCGUGGUAUAUGACAAAAUGUAAAAUUCGAUCAAAUCUGUGAUAGAAGAGAAUAUAUCGAUUAGAAGUGUUCGAAAAAAAUAAUAACCGAGUGAUUUACAUUGCAAGUAUAUAUGUGAGUGGUGAACAACAAGGACGAAUACAUCUGGAUAGCUGCCUUUCAAAAUGGCUGCCGCUAUUAAAACGCAAAAGUACAACUUUGAGAAGAUAUGUCGCGCUUGUUUGCAGAUAAAGAAAGAUAUGAGACCAUUGUUCGAACAGCUCACAGCUACCAUGUUGAUGGGCAUAUCAAAAGUGCAGGUGUCUGUGGGCGACGGUCUUCCGUCCCAGUUGUGUCUGCAAUGCGUGCAUCAGAUCUCAAGGUGUCACGCCUUCAAGGAUCUGGUGGAGAGGAACGACGUGGUCCUCCGCGAACAGGCGAAAGCAAUGGCUGAAGAGACGCUCAAGAAGGAUGAGGUGCUCGCGGAAACGAACCAGUACAUCCAGUUUAUAGAAGUGCCGAGCCUGAACAACACCGCCAGCCAAUUACUGGACAGCUUCUUCCCCGAGACCUCCAACGACACCAACGUCACGCAGGAGAUAUUGAAUAAGGACGACUUCGACGUUGACAAGCUGGAACCUUCCAGUGCAGUGGCCAAGGCGGAGGAGGCGUUGAAUUCAGACGAGGAGAACUAUCUCCAGAUGGUUGUAUUCCAAGCCACUUCAUCAGUGGCCCCGUUCAGACACGUCUGCAAUCUCUGUCAGAAAGAGUUCAAAUACGCCAAGUGGCUGAAGAUGCACAUGCUAUCUCACUCUAACUGGAUCAAAGCGAACUGCAAGAAGCCGCCGAUGUGUCACAUAUGCGAGAGAACGUUCAAGGGUCCAGGGAUGUUGAAGAUGCACAUGAGGACCCACGAACAGCGACCUCCCAAACAGCCGACGUGUUCCGUCUGCCAGAGGACCUUCCCCACCAAGACCUUACUGUAUAGACACAGGCAGACACACUUCGAACAGAAGACACACCAGUGCACGGUUUGCGAGAAGCGGUUCUUCAGCGGGUACGCCCUGAGGUCACAUAUGGCAAGGCACAGAGGAGAACGGCCGUACAUCUGCUCUAUAUGCCUCAAGAGCUUCUACAACCCCACUGAUCUGAAGGUUCACUUCCGCCUGCACACCGGCGAGAAGCCGCUCAAGUGUUCCGAAUGUAACAAAACGUUUAGGCGUCACUCUACUUUGUGCCAGCACAUGAAGAAGCACAGAGGCAUCAGGAACCACGUGUGCAACAUAUGUAGCAAGGCCUUCUACGAGGUGUCCAAACUGAACGCCCACAUGAGAGUUCAUACCGGCGAGCGUCCGUUCGAGUGUCAGUUCUGUUCGCGUAAGUUCGCCCAGCAGUCAGCUCUGAUCUAUCACAAACGGACCCACACAGGGGAGAAGCCUUACGCGUGUAAGGCGUGCCCCGCCAGGUUCACCACCUCCUCCUCGAGGAACAACCACAUGAUGACGCACACCGGCAAUAAGAAGUUCGUGUGUCCAGUGUGUUUCAAAGGCUGCACGUCUCGGUCGGAGCUGCGAGUGCAUUCGAGCAAGCACACGGGGGAGAAACUGUUCGCGUGUGAGAUCUGCUCUCAGAGGUUCAGCUCGCCCUCCUACCUCGCUGUGCACAGACGGACGCACACGGGAGAGAAGAGAUAUCAGUGCACUGAAUGUGGAAAAGGUUUCGUGGAGUGCACCUCAUACAAGAAACAUAUGAAGACUCACGCGAAGGACAAACCGCAGAAUGAAGAGACGAAGACGCAAAACAACCAGGAGGAAGCAGCCAAGCUGCAGGAAACGAGCUUGGAGAUAGCUGAAGAAGAGAAGAAAGAAGACAAAGAUGUUACAGCGGAAGCGGAAAUAAACCAGGACGGACAAAUAGUUAUACAAGAUGCCGGCACCCAGAAGAGAUUCAAGUGUGGGCUGUGCGUUAAGAGCUACACGUAUUUGCACAGUCUUAAGAAGCACAUGCUGAGUCAUGUGCAGAUGUGCGUGUUCAGUCCGGACGGGUCGGAGAGGAUGUACGCCUUCAAGCAGCAACAGCAACAGGAGCAGGAGAUGCAGCAGCAGCAGGUGCAGCAGGUGGUGGUGGGCGGGGUGGGGGGAGUGCAGCAGCUAGCGGUGCCCGUCCACCAGCACGUGCAGCCUCUCGUGCCGCAGAAUAACCAACACUAUCCGGUUAUAUCGUCGGUUCAGCUGCAACAGACACAUCAACAAGUUAAUACUCAACCACAACUGCAAGUGCAAACGAUUCAGAUACAUCCUCAACAUCAACCCAUACAAAUACAUGCUGUUGGUGUUCAACAAGAACAACUUCACGUGGCCACUAGCAGUUGUCAGACAAUGGUGCCCAAUAUCCUACAGUUACAGCCGGGUGCUGUCGUUUCCGGUUUGGGACAGGAACUGGGUGGUGUCCAUCGCAUCAUAUUACAGCCACCUCACGCUCACCCCCACGCCCUGUACACUAUACACCACUAGAACAUACAAACACACUAUGACUAGCUCAUAUAUAUUACAGUAAUUUAUUUUACGCUUCCAAUGACUAAAUCAUAUCAUUUAAUUAGUUCCUGUCGCAUGACCCUCACAAUUAGCAGGUUUGUGAGCAGACUUAACUGUACCUAGUGACCCAUUGUUAGUUAGGAUUAUUUAUAUGUUGAAGUUUAAGUUAAAAUUAGUUUUUAUUGUUUGUUAUUAUUUCAAGAAUAAUAAAUAUAUUUUACAA